UGGGUUGCACCAUCUCGACCUGGGUUGUCGCAUAUCAUGGAUGGUGCACAGGAACAUCCCAGCCUCCGAUUCGUUUCUGAAAGUCUUGAUGGCGUCACUGUGCGUUCGGCAGUUCCGGACCGACCUUUCUACAAGGUUGUCCAGGACAAAGAUGGCCAGACCUACGCACAGGGCGUGCGCUUGCAGACCGACAAGGUCGAGCGCGCCAACCGGCGGUUGCAAGCUUUCGAGGUCAAAGAAAUGGACAUUCAGACGGAAGGCCCCGGCGAUGGCGGAGCUGAAGCAGAGGCCAUGGUGGAUGAAGAGCAGCUGGCGAGGUUCCUGCAAGAGGUUGCACCUGUCAUGGAGCAGGAGCUUCAGUUGGCUUGGCGCUCCUUGCCGGUCUUCGAUGCGUACGUGCCAGUCUGGGACGAUGUGGCGGAGACCUGCGAGAUGACGCACCAGGUGUGGAAGGAAGGCCUCGUGGAUCUACAGGUCACCAGCGUGGCUUGGAACUCCACGGGGGCCACGCUGGCCUGCGCCUUCGGCAAGCUGGACACGCUCGGAUGGUGUGAAGUCACAGCGCCCGUCUGCCUUUGGAACAUUUUCAGGCCCCAGCUGGUGGCUGGGGAGCCGGACACCGUGAUCCAGGUGCAGGGCUUCGUGAUGUGUGUGGCCUUUCACCCCACCAAGCCCAGCAUCUUGGCUGGCGGUACCUACAACGGCGAGCUCCAGAUUUGGAACACAGGCUCCGGGGAACUCGACCCCUUGGUGGCCUCCUCCUCCAUCGACGACUACUUCCACCGCGAGGCUAUUCAGGUGGUGGAGUGGAUUCCGGCUGAUUUGAGUGGCAGCCACGACGCUUGGCUCAUUGCAACGGUCAGCGGGGACGGAAAGGUCUUGCUCUGGGACGCCCGAGACAACGACCUGUCUCAGCCUUCGCGAGGUUUCAUGCUGCAAGGAUCCAAGAAGAGGAUCCUCGGUGGGAGGUCUCUGAGCUUCUCCCCGGUGGACCCUUGGCUCUUCGUGGUUGGCACCGAGACCGGAAACGUGAUCCGAGCGUUCCGGCCACCACCUGGGGCAUCCAUGGGAAAGCCCACAGGUAGCUACACCUGGCGCUCCUCGGCGGUGCAGCUGCUGGAUCAGCUGGCAGCCAAUGCGAGGCUACAACUGCAGCACCACGUCGAGAAUUACUGCCGGACGGCGGGCUUGAAGGAAGUGAGCGCGGAGGUGAUCUUCCAGUCCAAGCCUGACCCGGCCAUCCUGUUCCCGGCGCCCAAGACGACUGACCUUGAGCCGCACUACGGCCCCGUCACCGUGGCAGCGUUCUCCCCCUUCCACCGGAAGCUGCUCCUCACCGGCGCCGCGGACGGCUCUGUGAAGAUCUUCGACGUGUUGCAGCAGCGGGCGAUCCACACCUUCUACCCGCCCUGCAAGUACCUCUCCGCCUGCGCCGUGUCCGCGGGCGCGUGGUCCUCCGCCAGGCCCUGCGUCUUCGCAGUCGCCAUGGAGAUGGGAGGUGUCUUCAUCUACGACUUGCUGCAGAGCCGGCAGGAGCCGGUGCUGGAGCUGCCGUUGGGCUCCGGGCGGGUGAACUGCGUGGCCUUCAACCCUAAGCAGCGGGGGAUGUUGGCCUGCGGUGACGACGGCGGACGCGUGCGCGUCUUUCGGCUCCCCUUCCGGCUCUCCGAGCAGCAGAAGUCGGAGAUGUCCUUCAUCUCCGACAAGCUAAUGGGCGAGAAGGGCCGCGACAAAGGAGACAAAGGCACCGCGCCUUCUCCUCCGCCUCCACCUCCUCCCCCUCCACCUUCCUGAAUGCAGAUGCUUUUCACCCAGGGCGCCACGGUCAAAAGCUGGCCCUCUUGUC